AAUAUCUGCAACGGUAGCAUCGCGUAAAAGAAAGAGAAAUCUCCCGUCCGGUUGUCUCCUCCGCUGCUUGCGCCGCCGCCAAGACGAGUCGCGGUUGAGCAUGUGAGGGGCGGCGAUCUCCAUCCGGCGAGCAGAGCAGGGGAGAGGAGAGGAUCCUGGUGAGGGGCGGCGAUCUCCAUCCGGCGAUCUUCUCGGGCGCUCGCGCUCCCGGUCCCCCCGGCGGCGAUGGCGGCCGCGGCGGUUGGGGUGGCGAGCAGAGCACGCCGGAGUUCUGGCUCGAGGGGAGUGGCAUUCUGCCGAUGGACGAACGGCCUCCUCCACCCGCGCUUCGUCUUCCCCGAGGCCGCCGCGGUGGCGGGCUCUGGGGCUGGCUCCGCUCAAGGUGCGUUUUGCGUGAAGCGGGUUUUAAGGAUGGUUCUAAACAAGGUGCUCGAGCUGUUUUGUGUGAAGAAGAAGGAUUCCAAGAAGAAAGGCAAAGCCAUUAAUCCUCUUUGUAAAGUUGCCGCUCCACACCCCACUGCAAAUGUCAGCACAAACAACAGCCUUUUGGAUCCCUUUUCAACUGGGAAUGGUACUGUGCUAUCUGUGCAAAAACAUGAGCCUGAAUGUUCAAGUGUUAUAUCAUCAAUGACAAGGACAGAAUAUGGAUUUGAAAGUGAUGGUUGCAAUUUGUUUAGCCAUUUUGAUGUUGUUCAAGAUUUUUCUGACCAUUACUAUGCAAAGAAUUCACCAGGGAAGACCUCCAAAGAUUGGGUGAAGACAAUCCAAAAUGAAUGGAGGCUUCUACAGAAAGAUCUACCUGAAUCUAUCUAUGUUAGAGUUUAUGAGGAUAGGAUUGAUCUGCUGAGGGCUGCCAUUGUUGGGCCAGCUGAAACUCCAUAUCAUGAUGGUCUGUUCUUCUUUGAUGUUUGCUUUCCUUCUGAAUACCCACAAUCCCACCGCUUGACGCAUGUGCACAUCCCUUCUUUGAUGAGCUACGAGAGCCCAAUGCACGCCUGCCAUGGCAAAUGGUCGUCCAUUCCCUCCUCUGUUCAACUUCAAGCAUGAACUAACUGGCGCCUCUCCAGAACUCGUCCACAGACUCAUACCGGAUCAUAUCAGACGGCAACAUGGCCUCAACUUGCGCAUGCUGGGAGUUAGAAUGGCACCGUAACGCUCACCGUUUUGUUCGUUUAUUUUUCCAUGAGCUGGACAUUGCAAUCCUAGAUGACUCCAUUGUCUUGGACUUGGGACUCCAUCUCAGAUUGCACCAUCCAUGAUUCUUCCAUGAUCUAUCCAUCCGUCAAGCCAUUUCCGCAAGGACUCAGUACCAGAGAAGUACAAUUAUGUAAAAUAUCUAGCCAUGGGAGAAAUGCGUGCUGCUGCUGCUGGUGUUAAGUACGUGACAGGGCAUGCUGGUUGAGUAGUAGGGAAGGACUGCAAGGAGAAGCACCCUAACGUCAAGCAGUGCAAGUCCAUGUCUGAUGCUGUGAGUUCCUCACUUCCUGUGCCCAUGUUCUGAACCGUUCCAUAUGCAUCUCUCACUUGAUGUAAUUUCAAAUUGCUGUGUUCCACUUUUGGGCCAUAUAUCUGGUAGUAAUUCAAACAAAUAUAGUUUUACCCGGAGUUCUAGCUAACGUCUCUUCCCGGUCCUUGAGAUCACAUCCGCUUGGUUCUGCAUGUCCUAUUGUUUGAAACUUGCUGCCUAUUAGAACCUCCUUAGUUGUCUCAAUACUUUUAGUUUUAUUACUGCCAUAUUAAUUAUCUUGUUGCUGAGUUCUGUUUUGAUGAUUAUGCACAAAGUAUUCAGUUGUUCUGGUACCUAAAUGAGUAGUUUGCUUGCUGGCGCAUCACAUGACUUAAACAAUAAUACUUCUCUUUUUGUAAUUGCAUUUCUUGGUUCAAGCUUAUAUCUCAGUUGACCAUAGGCUAUAGUGGAAAGUUCAUAGAUCAAAUAUGUUAAGAGUAAUGGAAUCUAUUUACUCUACUGUGCAUUUAAUUGAAGCAGAGAUUUCUUAAUCUGGUUGGCUAUUUGAUAUCAGGUGAAAGCAAAUAUUUGAAUGAUAUUAUGUGAAACAUACGACAGGUUUUGGCACUUGACAAAUGCUUUGUUGACCCACGUUGUUUAUUAAAUCCCACACAAGAAGUAAUGAAGAGGGCAUUAUACCAUUAACAGAUGCUAUUCCCAAUAUUCCAAUCGUAAGUUUUAUUUUAUGUUGGUGAAAAUCUAGUUUUCAUUGUUUUCUCCAUAAAUGCCUUGCGUGUGUAAUUCUUGUACAUAUACUCCCUGAACUGUUAUUAAUAUAUUUGAACAGUAUGAUUCAUAUGA